AUGGACAGAAGGGCGCCUACUUCAUGCCAGCACAUCGGGAGGAGCCGCCCCCAACAAGGUUUACCCCAACAUGCUGCCCCAGGGAGGUCAAGGAAAUGUGAGCGACUACUACGCACCCGGCGAAUCAAAUCAAGAACAAUCGAAUUCAAUUUUAACUUCUUCUAUUUUGGCUCCCCAAUUCCAAUCACAAGUCGGCGCAAUGGGAUGGGUCGAUGUGCAAGUUGGCAGUUCACUGCCUGGAGGAGCACCCAUUGCAGAAAUCGACAGAAAUCGACGAUGACCGCCGUGGGAGGAGUGCCCGCUGGAAUCUCGACGAUGACGGUCUUGAAAGGAACUUCCACGAUGGCCGCUGUAGGAGAAGCGCCCGCCGGAACUUCAACAAUGACAGCCGUUGGUACUGCUCCCGCCACUUCGACUCGUACUGCCCUCAACAUUCUACCACAAGUCGGCGCAAUGGGAUGGGCCGAUGUGCAAGUUGGCGAU